GGUCGCGGGGAUGGAGGACCGAGCGCCUCCCGCGUCUUCGUGGUCCGCAAGGAUCAGGACAUCUACAUCCACACCCUGCGGAAACUCUUCAAUGAGUCGCACGGGAUCUUCAUCGGGCUGCAGCGGAGCGAGGAGGAGCUGGCGGGGAAGUCGAGGAAAGCGCAUUUGGUUCAAGUGAGUAAAAACUACCGGUCGGUGAUCAGAGCCUGCAUGGAGGACAUGCACCAGGCAGCUAUUUCAGCCCGGGACCCUGCCCUGCAGAACCAGUACAGCACCCAGGUUUCUAUCCUCUCUGCGAUGGAGCUGAUCUGGAACCUGUGUGAGAUUCUCUUUGUUGAAGCAGCUGCAGCUGGCCCCCUCCUGCUUCGCCUCCUCGACUGGGUUCGACUUCACGUCUGUGAUGUAGACAACAUGGUCCGUGAAGUUCUGAGCAGUGAAGAUCCAUCAAAACAUGAGCUCUUCUGGAACGUGGUGGAUGUCUUUGUGCUGCAAGGCCGAAUGGAUGAAGCACGGCAUUUGCUCUCCAAGGAAGCCAGUGCCAAUCCCACGUCAGUGAACAUGUACAGAAUCCUGGAUGACUUGAUGAAGAAGAUGCCUGUGCCCAGUCUUAAUGCCACCCAGACACUGACUGAGAUGGAGCUGAAGUGGCAGCACUGGCAUGAAGAAUGUCAGCGGUAUCUACAGGAUGGAACUUUUGCUUCCAAUUCCCACAUGGAAUCCAUCUGCAAGAUCCUGCUGGGAGAUGAGGAUGCCAUACUGGAGAAAAAGGAGCUCAUGACCACUUGGUACCACUUCCUGGUUACCCGACUGCUCUAUUCCCACCCAACGGUGAAGCCGAUGGAGCUGCGGUUUUAUGCACAGUCUAGCAUGGACCUGUUCCUGGGUGUAGAAUGCAGCCCUGAGCCUCUAGACACGAUUUUGAUGGCAGCCUUUGAAUUUGAGAUUCAUCAAGUGAUCAAGGAAUGCAGCAUUGCCCUGAGCAACUGGUGGUUUGUGGCUCAUCUGACUGACCUGCUGGACCACUGUAAGCUGCUGCAGUCCCACAAUCUCUACUUUGGUUCAAACAUGCGGGAAUUCCUUCUGCUGGAGUACGCCUCAGGACUCUUCUCCCAUCACAGCCUGUGGCAGCUGGGGGUCGAUUACUUCGACCACUGCCCCGAGUAUGGCAGAGUGUAUUUGGAGCUUCACAUUGAACGGAUACCCCUCAACACAGAACAGAAGGCCCUCAAAGUGCUGAGGAUCUGCGAGCAGAGGCAGAUGCAUGAGCAAGUCCGUAGCAUCUGUAAGAUCAUGGCCAUGAAGGCGUUGAGGAAUAACCGCUUGGGCUCUGCCCUGUCCUGGAGCAUCAGGGCUAAAGAUGCAGCUUUUGCUACACUCAUCUCAGACCGCUUCCUCAAGGAUUACUGUGAAAGGGGGAGCUUCUCUGACUUGGACCUCAUCGAUAACCUGGGACCAUCCAUGCUGCUCAGUGACCGGCUGACGUUUCUUGGCAAGUACCGGGAAUUCCACCGGCUCUACGGGGAAAAGCGGUUCUCCGAGGCUGCCAGGCUGCUCUUGAUGCUGAUGACAGCUCACAUCGCUCCCUGCUCCUUCUGGAUGACCCUGCUGACAGACGCCCUUCCCCUGCUGGAGCAGAAAGAGGUCAUAUUUUCAGCAGAGCAGACUUAUGAGCUGAUGCGGUGCCUGGAAGACCUGACAGCAGGGAAGUCGGAUAAGCAGAAGUUCCAGGAUGACAACGUCGAGACGAUGAAAGUGGAAAUGCUGAGACUUGCUCUUGCACGGAACCUCGCGCGAGUCAUCGUCAAGGAAGGCACACUGGAGGGAUCCUGAGGCCAGCAGGGUGUGAGUUCACUCCUCCUCUGUGACAAACUGUACAUAAACCCGAGUGCUUUUCUAAGAAUAAAUGUCUUGGUUUGCA